AUGUGUCAUUAAUGCUCGCCAAUACAUAUAUGUAUAUAUGCAUAUAAUUAUCUCGUCCAUGUACGUGGGGUCCUAUUGUUAAAACACCCCGUCGUUGGUGUUCAAAGUGACACGCGUGUGCGUCGAUCCGCUCAAUGAGACAAUUCGGAGCGCCCUACGAGCACCACUCUAUUCCAGACGACGUUAUGUUCGCUACACUUAUCGCUCCAUGGAACGACGCGAACCUUGAACCAAUUUCCCUUUGCGCAAUUAUGAUAAAUGCACGUUGAGUGCAUCGCGGGAUGAAGACGGUCGUUGUCGUUAUCUGAACUGAAAAUUGCGAAGAAAUUGCCGAUUUCCGUCUAUAACCCGUCCGAAUUGUAGAUACGAUGCACGCGCUCUUUCAUGUUUUCAACGUUUGCGAAACAGAAAGAAAAUUUUCCAAAUCGACUCCGACGAAGUGUACGGUGCGCACUAACGCCGUCAUAUUAUCCCCGAGUUUCAUGGCGCCUGCAUCGAGGUCACCCCCUUCGACUUUACGAUUGUCUCCAGAAGGAGAUUGUGUUCCUUCUUCUACGCAGUUGCGCCGCCGGAGAAAGAGGAAGUUGCGUCAAAGGAAGAGGGAAUAUUGUUGGAAAGGAGAGCUUUUGUGUAUCAGUGACGAUAACGACGACAUCGACGUCGACGACAAUCUGCGGCACCCUCGAGCUUCGAGUCUUAAGAACCUGAGGAAGGUAUAUAGGUAAUAUAUCUAUAUACCUGUAUCACUUCAAAUACACAAUUUUCGGAUUUCCACUAAACAUCGACAAAUUGACCGGACGUUGCGAACAAUCAAUUUGCAGCCUGAAAUAUUUUAACCAAUUAGGAUCGUAGGGAUUUUUAUCGAACUCAAUGCAUAGCAAAAUGUGAUUCAUGGAUUCCAGUCUAAAAACCAAUUUUGUUCUCGUAUAUCAAAUUUAUUGAUAUAACCAUACAGAACGCCCAAUGAAUUGAAGACGGAAUUGAUUUCUGUGAAAAUAUGAGAGAACUAAGAUUUCGAUAGUUUCUAAGAAAAAUCGAGAGAAAAAUGGAACUCAAGGAUUUUCAUCGCACGCGAAUGUCGGUCGACGGAUUUUCUUCCGUAACUGUGAAGAUCUACGAUACGAAACUUCGCGAGAUCGACCCUAAGCCAGAUCGAAAUUCGCAAGAAAGUGGAGAAUUGUUAGAGAAUCAAAAGCGACUUCUGGAGGCCCGUUCAAUAACUCAUCGAUAACUGCCGGAACCGAGUCAUCGAUCCUAAUGAAAAUAGCACCUGCUGCCGGCUGCGGUGAUAAUUACUAGACAUUAUUACGCACGACGUGUACAUCCAAUCGUCGAAAUAACGGUAAUAUCAAUAACAAUUAUUGAGAACGAUGCAACGCCGAAAAAAAAAAAGAAAGAAAAAAAAGUCAAUCAUGAAACACAUUAUAUCUCGUUAUUGCGCGUAACAAAAUUGUCGAGUAAACCGUGAAAACGUGAGCGAACGAUCCUCGGGGAACGGGAGAAAGAUGUUCUGGAGUAGAUGGAGUGAAAGAAGGGAUCAUUGGCUAGGCAGAGCGUACGACCUGUGCAUGCAUAAAUAAUACAUUACGUAUCGACAUAAUAAAUACGCGUAUACAUGAUAUACAUCGUCAACUUUCGGAUAGUUGAUUGUACGAAUAAUAAUAAGAUCGGAGUCUUGACCUGAAAUAAUGUAUCGGAUCUCAAACGUUUUCAUGUACCUCCGGUCUCGUCCGUCCUGCACAAAAGCGUAUAUGUUCCCACAUGCGGUUUGUCUGUAUAAUAAUAAAAUAUUGAACAAUGCUUUUGACAUCAAGAUCGCGUACCGCAGCAUUCAUACGUUUUAUAUUACUGGUAUAAUAUAUAUCUAUAGUUACAAACAAUCCAUAAAUAUACAACGUAUACUACAUCGAUUUUCUGUCAUAAAGAAUAAACGUUGAGAGGAU